CUGAAGCCGAGCUCAUUGUAGAUCGUCGCUAGCUGGCGAUCGGUUCAGUUUUUUACAGUUCGCGUGUGAUCCACUGCAAUAUGUUGAGGAUUGUGUUGUGUGGUUUUCUUUUGCAAUAUGCCCUGCUUAUCAGUGCCUCUGGUUUGUAUUCUGUGGUGGGGCCCGGCACUAUCAGAUCGAACUCGAAGUACAAUGUCGCUGUGUCUGUCCUCAAGGCCGAUGGUCCCAGCCAAAUAAAAGUCAGCCUGAAUGGACCUUCCUUUAAUGAAACCAAGGAGAUCGAAGUCCUGCCUUCGGCCACCCAGAAUGUGGAGUUUGAAGUGCCCAAGCUGGCAUCGGGAGACUACAAUCUGACCGCAGAGGGAGUGUCGGGUGUGGUGUUCCGCAACACCACCAAACUGAAUCAUGCCGACGAGAAGCCAUCGGUGUUUGUUCAGACCGAUAAGGCCACCUAUAAGCCGGCUGAUCUUGUACAGUUCCGUGUCCUCUUCCUUGAUGAGAACACCCGGCCGGCAAGGAUCGAGGGGCCCAUUUCUGUGGUGAUCACCGAUGGAGCCCAGAACAGGAUCAAACAGAUUUCCAAUGUCAAUCUGACAAAAGGCGUGUACACCGGGGAACUGCAGCUAUCGGAGCAGCCUGUCCUGGGAACUUGGAAGCUGGCCAUCAACGUGGAUGGGGAGACUCGUGAAACCAAGUCCUUUGAGGUUGACAAAUAUGUUCUGCCCAAGUUCGAGGUGCAAAUCGACACAGCCAAGGAUGUGGUUGCAGCCGAUAACGUUAUCAAGGCCACCAUCCGGGCCAAGUACACUUACGGAAAGCCGGUAAAGGGAAAGGCCACCGUCUCCCUAGAAGCGGUCUAUGGUUGGGCUUCAACAACUAAGCAAGAGAAGACCAUCGAUGUGGAUGGCAAGGGCCAUGUGGAGUUCAGUCUGCAGGGAGUCACAGCCAGCUCCUAUCUGCCGCCCUACAAAAUGUUUGCUGUUGUCACCGAGGAGCUAACUGGCAACAAACAGAAUGCAUCCGCUACCGUGAAUCUCCACCAGCAACGCUACAAGCUGCAGGCUGUGGAUAGUCCAUCCACCUUUAAGCCCAACAAGUCUUUCACCUACCAGGUGGCUGUCAAGAAUGUGGAUGGUUCUCCAGUUUUGGGUUCGACGAAAAAAGUCACAUUAGCUUUCGAAGAGCCAAAUCGAUACUUUGGACCUAUGAGCAGCAAUUUCCCGAUUCCCCGAUUCACAUUUGAAGAGCCCUUGAACGAGAAUGGUAUUGCCACUUUUCAGGUUACACUUUUGACGAAUUCUUCAAACUAUUAUAGAAUUGUGGCGAGUUUUGAUAAUGCCCAAGAACAUUUGGGCACCAUCUCGAAGUUCCAGGAGUCAGAGAAUAGAGAGCCUCUAAGGAUUAAGGUUAACACCAAAAAUCCUCGUUUGGGCGAGAAAGUUUCAUUCAAUGUGAUUUCGACUGGAAAUAUACCCUAUUUCGUCUACACAAUCGUGGCUAGGGGUAAUAUUGUCCUUACUGAUUAUGUCGCAGUGCCCGAAAAUACCAAGAAGUACACUGUGAAUUUUACACCCACAUUUGAUAUGGUUCCCCAGGCCACGAUCUAUAUUCAUUAUGUUAUCAACAACGACUUGAAUUUCGAGGAAAAAACCAUUGAUUUCGAAAAGGAUUUUACUAACUCGAUAGAUAUUGUGGCUCCGGUUAAUGCUAAGCCCAGUGAGGAAGUUAAACUUAAAGUAAAGACUGAUGCCGACUCCUUUGUGGGUCUGCUUGGUGUGGACCAGAGUGUCCUUUUGCUGAAGUCCGACAAUGAUCUUAACAAGGACGACAUCUUCAAUAGCCUCAACAAAUACAAGACCUCAACACCCUGGCUGCGGGGAUAUGGACGUUAUCCUGGACAAACCUCCGGAGUGGUAACCCUCACUAAUGCCAAUUAUCCCUACAAUACGGCUCGCAGAUUGAAUUGGUAUAAUGAAGGUUGGAGACGUAUAGCCCUUCCAGGGGGAGGAGUACAUCCUACAUACUGUAAUGGACACUAUUUCCCUGGGUGCAAUCCGAGUGUAACAUGGGAUGGACGGAUUCGAAGUGGUCCUUUCUACCCAGGCGCUUUUACCCCACCACCUAUUACAUUUAGGACCCAUGCUUCGUAUUUUCCAUCUUCUUUUCUAACUUCAAACGUGCAUCCUUUGAGUGCACAGUAUGCAAGUUCUAAUUUUGCGCCUUCUUUUAAUUGGAAUGAAACCCCAAUACCCCCAAAACCAGCACCAAUUCCACAAGUUAUACGAAAAGAGUUUCCCGAUACUUGGAUGGUGGCAAACAUAUAUGAUGUCGAUAAUAGUGGAUUUACUCUGACCAAGAAAGUACCGGAUACGAUUACCUCGUGGGUGGUUACUGGCUUUUCCCUGAAUCCCACUUCCGGAAUCGCCUUGACCAAGAAUCCCAGCAUGAUACGAGUGUUCCAGCCAUUCUUCGUGUCCACCAACUUGCCAUACUCCGUCAAGAGGGGUGAGGUUAUUUCCGUGCCUGUUGUGGUUUUCAACUAUUUGGACAAGGCCCUUGAUGUCGAGGUGACAAUGGAUAAUUCCGACCGGGAGUACGAGUUCACGGAAGCCACCAACGAUGUCCUGGAGAAAGCCAGCGACGAAGUCCAAAGGACCAAGCGGGAAACAGUUCCGGCCAAUAGUGGCAAGAGUCUUUCCUUUAUGAUACGUCCCAAAAAUGUGGGCACUACCACAUUGAAGAUUACGGCCACUUCACCCCUAGCCGGGGAUACCAUCCAUCAGAAGUUAAAGGUAGAGCCCGAGGGAGUGACCCAGUUUGAGAACCGUGCUGUCUUCAUUAAUCUGAAGGAUCAGCCGGAGUUCUCCCAGUCCCUGGAAGCUGAGAUACCGCAGGAGGCAGUUCCUCAGUCGGAAUUCAUUGAGUUUUCCGUGGUCGGCGAUCUCCUGGGUCCCACACUCCAAAAUCUGGACAAUCUGGUGCGGAUGCCCUACGGGUGUGGCGAGCAGAACAUGGUAAACUUUGUGCCCAACAUCCUCGUGCUGAAGUACUUGGAAGUGACGGGACGGAAAAUGCCCGCCGUGGAGACCAAGGCCAAGAAGUUCCUGGAGAUUGGCUACCAGCGGGAGUUGACCUACAAGCACGAUGAUGGAUCCUACAGUGCCUUUGGAAAAUCCGACCGUGCUGGCAGCACUUGGUUAACUGCCUACGUGAUGAGGUCCUUCCACCAGGCUGGAAAGUAUACCGACGUGGAUCCCAAGGUGGUAAUUGCUGGCCUCGACUUCCUGGUGUCGAAGCAGAAGGAGAACGGCGAGUUCCCCGAGCUGGGAAAACUUUUCGAUAAUGCCAAUCAGAAUGCCCUGGCUCUUACAUCCUUCGUCCUGCUGGCUUUCUUCGAGAAUCAUGAACUCAUUGAAAAAUACCAGAGCGCCAUCGGAAAGGGAGUGAACUACGUGGCCGAGGAGGUAGACAAAUCGGAUGAUCUAUAUCCUUUGGCCAUCGCCGUGGUGGCUUUGCAAUUGGCCAAACAUCCGCAGGCCGAUAAGGUCCUGGCCAAGUUGGAGACGCUGGCCCGGCAGGAGAACGAUCGCAAAUGGUGGUCGAAGGUGGCACCGACCUCGAGCGGCGAAGAUGGACGCGUCCUCUACUGGAGACCUCGUAGCAACGAUGUCGAAAUCACCUCUUACGUCCUGUUGGCUCUCCUCGAAAAGGAAGCGGCGGAUAAGACCCUACCCAUUAUCAAGUGGCUGAUAGCUCAGCGAAACAGCAACGGAGGAUUCUCGUCCACCCAGGACACGGUGAUUGGAUUGCAGGCCCUGACCAAGUUCGCCUACAAAACUGGAUCUGGUUCCGGCAGCAUGGACAUUGAAUUUACUCCUGCUGGAGGUACUAAAGACACCGUCAAAGUGAACCCCGAAAACUCAUUGGUCCUGCAGACCCAUGUGCUGCCAAAGAAUACGCGCAAGGUAGACUUUACAGCCAAGGGAACAGGAUCUGCCAUGGUGCAGUUAUCCUACCGCUACAACUUGGCCGAUAAGGAGAAGAAGCCCAGCUUCAAAGUGACCCCAACGGUGAAGGACUCCCCCAGUCCCCAGCUCCUUGACGUGGAUAUCUGCGCCGAAUUUGUGCCCCUGGAAGAGGCCGACAAGGAGAAGGACUCCAACAUGGCUGUCAUGGAGAUUGCCCUGCCCUCCGGUUUUGUGAGCGACUCGGAUACUUUGGACGGAAUUCAGACCGUGGACAGGGUUAAGCGGGUGGAGACCAAGAACUCCGACUCGACAGUUAUUGUUUACUUUGAUAGUCUGACCCCAGGCGAUGUCCGUUGUCUCCCGGUCAAGGCCACCAAGGCCCAUGCGUUGGCCAAGCAGAAGCCCGCCUCCGUGUCCUUGUACGACUACUACGACACCGAGCGCCGAGCUACCGAGUACUACCAGGUGGCCUCCUCCUUGUGCGAUAUUUGCCAAGGAUCCGACUGCGGUGAGGGAUGCAAAAAGAGUGCCUAAAUAAAAUAUUUAAAGUAAUGUUUUAAAAAUAAAAAAAGUGGC